CGUCAUCUGAGUGUGACUUUAACACUGUGCAACAGUGAAUCAUCAGUAAGUAUGGGGAUUUAGUGAACUAGGAGAAAGAAGUAUGGUAUUUUUUUAAAAAUAGUUAAAUUACUAAGAAGAGCAGAUUUCAAACUGAGUACAGAUUUGAAUGGUUUUUCCCUCAGAUCUUUGGGCAGAGUGGGGAGGAAGUGUUACUCUCCAAAUGAAGCCUCCAUGAUAAGUGUAAUUUCCUGAAAUUCUUGCAUCCUUCAGGAAUUGAAAGCAACCCCUCCAGAAUAUAGGAAAGCUCCAUUCCCUUUUUAAAAAAAGGCAUAUUAAUGUUACGCAGAUUGAACUUCUAUAUUUUUUAUGUCCUAAAAAGUGGCCCAUAUCCCACUUUUCCUGUCCUAUUCAUGUACCUGACGAAGUGCACUUUAAAUGCUGUAACUGUACCUGCCUCUACCACCCCUUCUGGCAGCUUGCUCCAUACACCAACCAUUCUCUGUGUGAAAAACCUGCCCCUCAGGUCUCCUUUAAAUAUUUUCUCUCUCACUUUAAACCUACUGUAUGUCAUCUUGUUUUACACACCUCUCCCUUUGGAAACAGACUUUGACUAUCUGCCCUAUCUAUUCCCCUCAAAAAAUAAUAAACCUUUAUAAAGUCACCCCUCAGCCUCCUGUGCUGCAGUGAGAACAAUCUCUGCCUAUCCAAUCUCUCCUUGUAACUGAAGCUCUCAUUCCAGGCAACAUCCUGGAAAAUCUCUUCUGCACUCUUCUUAACGACUGCAUGCUUUUUAUAGUGUGACGAGAACUGGACACUAUACUCCAAGUGUGGCCUCACCAAUGUCUUGUACAGCUGUAACAUGAUGUCCCAGCUCAUUUUAGUCAAGUAUAUUCUUAGAUGUGAGUAGUUUAAGAUACACUGCAAGGAAUCAUUUACUCCAGAGUAAAUUAUAUUUUCAUUGACUAUGAAAAGAGAAUUGAAGCUGCAGGGCAAUAAUAUUUUCGAGUAAAUAGUUUGACAACAUCAAUUUCUUGUUUCUUAAAUCAGUGGUGGGGAUAAGAGUAAAUGUUCAUCUUUUCCGACUGUCUUGUUGCUACUGGGUAUGAGAUUUCUCACAUUGUAUAGUGUCAACUCCACAGGUACGGGUGAGAUGAAGGUUAUCUAUCCUCUGCCUUCGUUGCAGAAAAGCUCCCCCUGCUGCAGCAACAUGUAAAACUCCUCUUUCCCCAAUCAUUCAACGACAUUGCUCAUGCAUGCGAAAUAUAUUUUGUGCAUUGAAUCUCUUCGUGCUCAUUAACAUCUGAUUCAGAUCCAGACUGUAAUCAGGUGUACAGUUAAUAGAUUUUCAUCCCAUCAAACCAGGCUGAUCUAACCUAUUGUUCUACAUUCUCCUUAUACAAUCCGUCUAGCGUUAACGUUUUGAACACUGAGAUAGUUAACCAUGAAUCGUUUUUGUUGUAGGAAGAUUAUCACACGGAUUUAAAUUCCCCAUGCUGACGAGUGAAAAAGAAUGAAGUCGUUACUGGAUUCCAUAGUAUGGUGUUCAAAUAUAACUGUCUUCAGAACUGAUCACUUUGUAAUGAUAAUGCCGCACCCUAAAAUGCAUUUAAUUCUAUUUAAAACCAUACGUCUAUAUACAGAGAACCGGGGACGUGUUACGUUUUAAAACGAGUUUUGACUUCCUGUAUGGAGUGUUUAACGAUCUGUAGUCAAAUAUACCCCUCUCACUCACUAACCAAAAUACGUGUUAAAAAUCCAAUUAAACACAUUCCUUGGUGCUCCUGGGCUGGAAUUAUAUUUCUCCUGAUUUAGGGAAAUAAAUUAUUGCGGCAGAGUUACAGCCUUGUUCUGGGUUUUGGGUACUUUCUGUAAGGCUGAAGUGCAAAUUACUGCCUUGGGAAUCCGGACAAGGUUGCUCCUUUAAUUGUUUACCUUCUGACGGGUAGCCAUUCACUUUCGCAAGGGCUUGAGGUUGUGAGGACUGCUUCUUUAAAAUGAUCUCAUAAACCAAAGGUAUCCACUUAAUAAUCACAGGCUCGGGAAGGCACUCUCAGUAAACCCGAACAAGACACGCUGACAGAGCAGCACAACACACACACACACACACACACACACGGCUUUGAGCCGCGGAUCAGACUGACAAGGUGCAGCUUUCUGUAGACAGCGCCCGUCGCUAGCUCCACUUAGACCCCGGAGCAAAGCAGAACGUGGGGAGUUAGAACAUGUCGGCCAAAAUAAAAAGGACUUUGCAGACAGGCUUGACACGUUUUAAAGGGACUGACUGGUGAGAGAUGGCUGAGUGGCUUCUUCCUUCGAUCUUGUCAGUGGGAACUGGGACCUGGCGAGUUGACAGGACUUGCGUACAGUGCGAGUCGCCAGUGCCCAUUUCCAGCUCCGUAUGGCAGCAGCAGUUGUUCAGGCGAUUCGUGCUCCGUCGGUGACCACAUGCAGCGGACUGGAUCGUAAGCGGGUUCCUUAAAACGAAACGGUGCCCAGGGGAGCGGACGAAGGACAGCGCAGAACCACCACCGCCCCCCAGCUACACUUGGGCCACAGAUAACCCAGAGCUCGGCGCCUCCUCAUUCAAUGCAAGGAUGACGGCCGUUCGGGAAGAUGAGGCCGGCCACAUCACUCCCUCCCUGGUGAUCUACAUCGGGAUGGAGGUCCUGAUCGCCGUGGUCUCCGUCCUGGGCAACGUGCUGGUGUGCUGGGCGGUCAGGAUCAACCGGGCACUCAGAGAGACCACCUUCUGCUUCAUCGUGUCCCUGGCCUUGGCUGACAUCGCCGUGGGCACCCUGGUCAUCCCCUUGGCCAUCACCAUCAGCAUCGGGCUGGAGACCCACUUCUACAGCUGCCUGCUCUUCUCCUGCACCGUCCUGGUGUUGACCCAAAGCUCCAUUCUCGCCCUUCUGGCCAUCGCCAUCGACCGAUACCUUCGAGUCAAGGUCCCCACCAGUUACAAGAGUAUUGUUACACAGAAACGAGCUGGAACUGCUGUUUUUCUAUGCUGGGCCAUAUCUAUAAUUGUUGGCAUGACUCCUAUGUUCGGAUGGAACAAGUAUACAGAAGCAACCCAAGGUGGGGUGAACUCUAGUAGCGUAAACAAUAUCAUUGUGUGCCAAUUUGAGACUGUAAUCAGCAUGGACUAUAUGGUCUACUUCAACUUUUUUGGCUGGGUGCUGCUACCUCUUGUGCUGAUCUUUGUGAUCUAUGUGGAAAUAUUUAAUCUUAUACGGAAACAUCUGAGCCAAAACAUCUCAAUCAACAAUGCUGAUCCAAACAGGUACUUCGGGAAGGAGCUAAAACUUGCCAAGUCAUUGGCGCUAGUAUUGCUCUUAUUUGCAAUAUGUUGGCUUCCUCUACAUAUCAUCAAUUGCAUUACAUUGUUUUGUCCUUCAUGCCACACACCACAUAUAGUAAUGUACAUUGCCAUCUUUUUAACCCAUGCAAACUCUGCUGUAAAUCCCAUUGUGUACGCUUUCAAGAUAAAUAAGUUUCAAGUGACUUUUCUCCAGAUAUGGAGCCAUUAUAUUUGCUGUAAUAGAGAUCACAACACAAAUAAUUUAAGCAGAGAACAGUUAAGAGGUAUAAGAGAACAAAGAAGUACUAUGUAACUUAUAUACUUGAAGUAAUUGCCCUGGAUAAUCAAUAAGAUCAUUAUCAAUGCUGAUUUCCUUACAUUACUAUUCAGUACAUUCAAGGACCAUCAGAAUAUUCUGACGCAAAAGUAAACAUGCAAACCAACAACCUUCACCAGUCACCUGGUCUCCUAGCAAAGAAUCUUUGUUUUCAUCUCUUCAAACAUAUCUGGUGAAGCUUUUACAACUCGUUAUUCCUCCUCUGUUUUGUCUCCUUGUCAUUUUCAUACAUUACCAGACUUGAAGAAAGGCACUGAAUCACCAACAUGAUGAUGGAUUGCUGGAUAACUGAGUGAAGAGAGUCAGGGACACUGCAGCUUAAAUGCAGAAGAGAGAGCCUUUUAACAGCAUGGAACCAACUUAAUCAAAACACUGAUGUCUUUAAAAAGAUAGAAAAGCUUAAGACCAUUGCUGUGAAUCAUCUUAAGGAACAUGAUAGUCUGACAAUAUGCUUUACCAGCAAAUCAAUUUUAUUAAAUCAUGUGUAUUUUUUUGACACAAUGAUUCACUUUGCCAUUUUACACUGUAAGAUAUAACCAGCAGGCCUUAAUUUUAGUUGAAAAUAAGCAAGACUAUUAAUGUUGUAUUUUAAAUUGGCAUCUUAAUCUUUAGCUGUGUUAGAAGACAGAAAUUGUUGUUUUUGGCCUUAAAUUUGCACUGACAUUGGUGAAUAUUAGCUGUGUUAAUGUUAAGUACAUAUAUUUCUUGCAGCCUGACACAGAGAUUGUAAAAAGCAACAUGUUUGUGAUAUCCUUCUAUAUUUAAUUUGAACUUUUGCUGCAUUGAGGUGCAGUAAAGCAAAGGUAAAAUUGAAUGAUUUCCAUGUGUAUGGUAAAUGCUCAUCAUUAUACCACUUCAUACAAGUGCUCCCAAUAUGAUCAAUGAUUGGUGUUUAUGCACAGAAUUGCUCCCAAUGGCUUUUCAUUUACAUAAUUCAUACAUUGUGGACAUGACAGCAAGGUCAGCACUUAACACCCAUCCUUACUUCUCCUUGAGAAGAUCGUAAAGUGUCAAUGCUUUGAACUGCUGCAAUUGUUGUGAUGGAGGUACUCAUGUUACAAUAUUAGGUAGGGGCAUCGCAACAACAUCUGGUAUCCAUUAUCUAUAUCAUUCAUUCUGAUAUUAACAUUGAAAGUAUUUUCAUCUGCAGUGCUCCUCUUAAAAUCAUUAUCAGGACAUUCUUACCAUUCCUCCUUGGAAGUAAAUAUUUCUCUUUGAGUUUCAGUCCCUCCAUUUCUGGCAAUGCAACUAGAGUGAAUGCAAUGGAUACUACUGCCCAGUAGAAACCUUUAAUAGAAGCUCUGGAUAUGGUGACAUCAAGGUUGUUGACAGCAGGGGUUACAUAUGUGAUUUGUUACCCUGCUUUACUGGAACCUUAAAUAGUAUAGAUAAAUAAAGGAAUGGAAGACUUAGGAUGCUAGGAAUCAGAAAUAUAAACAGAAAAUUGCAAUACAUGCAAGAUAAGCAGCAUCUGAUGAGACACAGUUAAUGAAUCAUGUUGCAAAAUGUUAAAUACCCUUCUCUUCGCAGAUGCUACCAGCUCAGUAAAAGAAUGUAUUCCCUACCAAAUGGUGAUGUUGGAUUCAGUGGAGUCUGUUGAAUGUCAGUUAUCAUAACGCCCUGACCAGAAGUCCUAUCAUACUUUCAACUUAUUGGUUUAUACAAAGCUGUCAAUGGACACUCUGUCCAAAAUGAGGAUUACUUUUCUCUCUCAUAGCUUUCUGAUAAUUAUAUUUAAUUUAAUUUUUCCCUCCCUUUAUACAUGUGGGUUUGAACCUCACC